GGACAAGUUCACCAGUCCACGGACUUUGCGGCCGCCACGUGUAGAGCAAUCAAUUUAAAUCUCCGACCGCUCAACCUACCACACUACCUUUCACUUUUCGACUUGUCACUGUGCUAGCGUCGCCAUGUCAGCUCAAUAUCAGGCACUCUCGACCGACGAUUCUGCUGAAAUAGGAGCUGAUCCACAACUGCGGUCUCAAAUCCAGCAACUCCAUGCAGAUCCCCGUUUUAACCGCCCCGCACCUUCGCUCUGGAAGCGCAUUGCACUCCUUCUCGUGACUGCGUUCCUCUUCUGGGCUGCAUUUCAGGUGCAGCCCAAGAGAUCACAACCUAAGAUCAUUCAUGCUGAAAGAUACUCGAAGGAUUACAAAUACCGUCCAGCAGCGAGUCCUGUGAUUACGGAGCGACUCAAAGAUGGUGUAGUCCGCCUUCGUGGGGCAUAUUUCUAGACGUAUGGGUAUCGUUAAGGUAGAUUUCACACCAUCACAGUACUUUGGUAACUGAGCUCACCUUUCAUGAGGACAUGGUUUCAGUCCAAUCGUUGUAUAUGUUAGAUAUC